AGUCGAUAUAAGUAUAGGCAAUAAGAGAGAUUAUCAACAUCCUUUGGCAGAAUUAUGGGAUGUGGAUGAUAAUGAAGUACCCAAAAGAUUAGAAAUCGAGAAGAAAUUAAUAACUGCGGAUGAAAUCUUAAAAGAAUUAUUAGAUAGAUAUAGCAAAAGCUUUGGAGGAUCUUUCGUAAGUUUAACAAAGCAAAAAAUAAUUAUCAAUACAAUAGAUAAAAGUAAGAUUAGAUAUAUAAAAGAUUCACCUCAAAUGAGAAAUUAUGAAAGGUUUUUAUUAUUCCAAGCAGCAAACAAAUCUCUACAAGAAUUAAAGUUCUCAUUUGAUCAGAUAAAAAAACUAGCUGUUGAAUAUAGAACAAAUAACAGUGAAUUACAUAUGCUUUUUUACACUGAUAUAAUAAUUAAUAAUAACGUUGUAGUUUUACGAAAUUAUAACCUUAGUAAAGAAUUUAUAAACUCUAUCAAAGAAUAUGGCCCGCGUUUAUUUUAUCCAAAGAAAUUACACGAGUCACGUAGUCUAGUUAUUUCUAAACGCCAAAAUAAAGGUACCAUACAAAAUGGUGAUAGCGGAGGACCUGUAUUUUAUUUUUCGCAAGAGUUGAACUCAGUGAAUUUAGUUGGCAUACACGCUGGAAGUGAUAAAAGUGGAUCUACUAAAGCGGCUUAUACUCUGCCAAUAGAAUUCAUUCUCAAGAAUAGUCCAUUUGAAAUACAUCUUGUCAAUAUAACUGAACAAUAA